CACCAAAAAACAUUUCUCUCUCUCGGAAUCUGCGUUUUCCUUCACUUUCUACUUUCUCAUUUUCUCUGUCUGCGUUUUCUCUCACUUUCUCGAGAAAAUGCGCGAGAUCCUGCACAUCCAGGGGGGUCAAUGUGGGAACCAGAUAGGGGCUAAGUUCUGGGAAGUGGUGUGCACGGAGCACGGCAUAGACUCGACGGGUCGGUACCACGGGGAUACUGAUCUCCAGUUGGAGCGAGUCAAUGUGUACUACAACGAGGCCAGCUGCGGCCGGUUCGUGCCCCGGGCCGUGCUCAUGGAUCUGGAGCCCGGAACCAUGGAUAGCGUCCGGUCCGGGCCGUACGGGCAGAUCUUUCGACCCGACAACUUCGUGUUCGGGCAGUCCGGGGCGGGAAACAACUGGGCCAAGGGCCACUACACGGAAGGCGCCGAGCUUAUCGACUCCGUUCUGGAUGUGGUGAGGAAGGAGGCCGAGAACUGCGAUUGCUUGCAAGGAUUUCAGGUUUGCCACUCAUUGGGUGGUGGAACUGGCUCAGGCAUGGGAACACUGCUCAUUUCUAAAAUCAGAGAAGAAUACCCAGAUAGAAUGAUGCUCACAUUCUCUGUGUUUCCAUCCCCAAAGGUGUCUGACACUGUUGUUGAACCCUACAAUGCGACUCUCUCAGUCCACCAGCUGGUUGAGAAUGCUGAUGAGUGUAUGGUCCUAGACAACGAGGCUCUGUACGAUAUUUGCUUCCGAACAUUAAAGCUUACCACUCCAAGCUUUGGAGAUCUGAAUCAUUUGAUUUCUGCUACUAUGAGUGGGGUAACAUGCUGCCUUCGCUUCCCUGGUCAACUCAACUCAGAUCUUCGCAAACUUGCUGUUAACCUCAUUCCUUUCCCUCGGUUGCACUUCUUCAUGGUUGGGUUUGCACCACUCACGUCUCGAGGAUCACAGCAAUACCGUGCCCUUACAGUUCCCGAGCUUACCCAGCAGAUGUGGGAUGCUAAGAACAUGAUGUGUGCAGCUGAUCCUCGCCACGGUCGAUAUUUGACUGCAUCAGCAAUGUUCCGGGGCAAGAUGAGCACAAAGGAAGUGGAUGAACAGAUGAUUAAUGUACAAAACAAGAAUUCGUCCUACUUUGUAGAGUGGAUACCCAACAAUGUAAAGUCCACUGUGUGUGACAUCCCUCCUACUGGCCUGAAAAUGGCCUCGACAUUCAUUGGCAACUCUACCUCAAUUCAGGAAAUGUUCCGAAGGGUGAGCGAGCAGUUCACAGCAAUGUUCCGCAGGAAGGCUUUCUUGCACUGGUACACAGGAGAAGGGAUGGACGAGAUGGAGUUUACAGAGGCAGAAAGCAACAUGAAUGACCUGGUGUCCGAGUACCAGCAGUACCAAGAUGCAACUGCUGAUGAGGAAGAGUUUUAUGAAGAUGAGGAGGAAAUUCAAGAGGAAUAGUUCAAAAUUGUUGGGAUUUUGGCUUAUGGCUUCAGGUUAUAUUUUGGGAUUUCAUGAUGUUUUUGUGCUUGGAUAUGCCUCAAUAUCCCUUUCAUGAAUUGGGUUUGGUUUGUGGCAGUAGUGUUGCCAGAGGCUUGCCGCCAUGGUAAGUUUCUCUUGUUUGUUUUGUAGUAGUUUAGGGAAUUCGGUUUACUUAGAUGUCUACUUUCACAGUUGUCACCAUUUGAUUGAAAUUCUCAAAUUUGAUGACUUUUGUGUUACGGUAGAGGGAUUUCUUCAUCCACUUGGCUCUGCCUUUUUCCCCCUUUAUUCUGUGUCAUUGCUGUAAGGAAGCAUUUCUAUUUCUUGAGUGUUUCGGACGCAAGGUAUCAAGCUCUCUGUCUUUGGCGAUCUUCUCACAGUGGGAACAAAAUUUCUAUCAUCCAGUGGAUUCAAAUUUGAGGGUGCGGUUGUAUUUUUCUCACUCCUAUAAUGGAAGUAUUAUAUGUAUGUAUUUAUUUUCGGACAAUGAAAAUUUAAAUGUGUGAUUUUAAGUAAAA